CAUUGCCUUUCAGAUUGAACCGGAACGUCGUGUAGCGCCCAUACGGUUGGCGGCUGAUCUUUUCUGAUCUGCUGAGUGAAAUUGUUCGCCAUAAAACAAACGAUCGGUUGAAACUCUGAACCGGGGGGUGACCGCAAGAUUCUUGGUGAUUUUUAUUAAGUGAUCUCAAAAUAAAAUAAAGGAAUAAUGGCGAAAUUGUGGGCUGCCACCUUCCUAGUGAAUCUUUUCCUGCUGGGGCUUCCGGAUAGUGGGGAGGGCAAAAUCGAUGGAAAACCUGAUUUCAUCAAAACGUGCCAGUUCUCCGAUCCGGAUUUCGUAGCAUGUUCAACGGCCUCAGUGCAAGGAUUAUUUGACAAAUUAGUUACAGGAAUCGAAGGCCUGGAGCACGUCGGCACGAUCGACCCGAUGAAGAUCAGCAAGAUCCGAAUACUGCAGGGCGAGGGCCCGGUCUCGGUAAACGCAUCCCUGUCGAAGGUCAUCGUCACCGGAUUCGCCAACACGAAAGUAGUUCGAAAUGUAGUCAGCAGCAAGGACUACGGCUGGGAGACUCACAUCCGGCUGCCGAAGAUGAGGCUGGAGGGCAACUACCACAUGCAGGGCCGCAUCCUGGUCAUCCCGCUCAAUGGCCACGGCAAGUGCUGGUUUGAGCCAUCCGACAUGGACAUCAUUAUGAAGACGACCAACAAGCUGCUGGAAAAGGACGGACACGUGUACUACAAUGUGACGGCGACCAAGGUGGACUACACCAUUUCCGGUCUGAGGCUGCACAUGGGCAAUCUCUUCGAGGGCGUUAAGGUCCUGGAGGACAGCACCAAUCAGUACCUGAAUGACAACUGGAGGCCGGUGUCGGAGGCGCUGAAACCGAUCAUCGCCAAAACCAUCGAGGACAUCCUGCUGGCCAUCAUGCAGAACAUCUUCAACCAAAUUCCGGCGGAAUACUUUGUGGCCGAUUUGCCGCGGUCGGGAUGAACACGGGAGAUGUGCCGGGUACGGAUUGGUAAGAAUUAAUACUGAUAAAAAUAAACAUCUUGUGAAUCGUGAUUUUGUAGAUAAUUAGUACUGAUAGUUACUUUUUUGUAGGAAGACAAUUUAA